UAAAUGUCAUUGGUUUGAUAUUUUGUUAUAUAUUGCAGAGACAUUUGAACAAGUGUUCAAAUACUUUUAUGGUUCACUUUUUUUGUUUAUUAGGUUAAUCAUUUUUCACAAUAUAACUUUUUACUGUAUCUUUGAUCAAAUAAAUGCUGCCUUGGAGAGCAGAAGGCAUUACAAAAACCAUAAUUAAUAAAAAACCUUAAUUACAAAGUCUUUUGACCAGUAGUGUACAUUACACAGAGUCGGUGGUGUUCUUCCCAUCAUCCCCAUAAAUGCACAAUUCUGUAUGUAUGUAUGACUCUGACUGUCUCUUCUCCUCCUUCAUCUCCUACAGAGAUGGAGUCAGCCGUUAGUACAUCCACUCAAGUGCCAGAUGAGUUUGACCGUAAUGUUCCACGGAUCUGUGGUGUGUGUGGAGACAAAGCCACUGGCUUUCACUUUAAUGCGAUGACCUGCGAGGGCUGCAAAGGCUUCUUCAGGCGCAGUAUGAAGCGCAAGGCCAGUUUUACCUGUCCUUUUAAUGGAAGCUGCACCAUCACUAAAGAUAACCGUCGCCACUGCCAGGCCUGCAGACUCAAGCGUUGCCUGGAUAUUGGCAUGAUGAAAGAGUUUAUACUGACUGAUGAAGAGGUUCAGAGAAAAAAGGAUCUGAUCCAGAGGAGAAAGGAUGAGGAGGCUCAGAGGGAGGCGCAGAAGCCCCGGCUCUCAGACGAGCAGCGCCACAUCAUUGACACGCUGGUGGAUGCGCAUCACAAAACCUAUGAUGAUUCCUACUCUGACUUCUCACGUUUCAGACCUCCAGUUAGAGAGGGUCCAGUUACACGUAGUGCCAGCCGAGCUGCGUCUCUUCAUUCAUUAUCAGAUGCCUCCUCAGACUCCUUCAGCCACUCUCCAGAGUCAGGAGAUCGUAAGAUGAAUCUGAGUAAUCUGUUGAUGAUGUAUCAGGAGCAGGGUUUGAGCUCCAGCCCGGACUCAAAGGAAGAUGAGGGCACCGGUCUUUCCAUGCUUCCUCACUUGGCUGACCUGGUUUCCUACAGCAUUCAAAAAGUCAUCGGCUUUGCAAAGAUGAUUCCUGGAUUCAGAGAGCUGACAGCUGAAGAUCAGAUUGCUUUGCUGAAGUCCAGUGCUAUAGAAGUGAUCAUGCUAAGAUCCAACCAGUCUUUCAGUCUAGAGGACAUGAGUUGGAGCUGUGGAGGACCAGACUUUAAAUACUGCGUCAACGAUGUGACAAAAGCUGGACACACUCUAGAGCUUUUGGAGCCUCUGGUGAAGUUUCAGGUGGGCUUGAAAAAGCUCAACCUACACGAGGAGGAACAUGUGCUGCUGAUGGCCAUUUGUCUGCUGUCUCCAGACCGGCCCGGGGUGCAGGACCACGUGCAAGUGGAAGCAUUGCAGGACAGGUUAUCCGAGGUUCUGCAGGCGUACAUCCGCGCGCAUCACCCGGGGGGCCGUCUGCUCUACGCUAAGAUGAUCCAGAAGCUGGCGGACCUCCGUAGCCUGAACGAAGAGCACUCCAAGCAGUACCGCUCCCUUUCUUUCCAGCCCGAACACAGCAUGCAGCUGACCCCUCUGGUGUUGGAAGUGUUCGGCGGACAGGUCACCUAGUAACUUCACCCGAGUCAGAUCAAGAUGUGCGGGUUAAACGUUGUGACCCGGAGGGGUGUAGAGUGAAUGUACGGACAAUCACCUUAAAAUGCAUACAGAGUUUCCAGGACGAAGUUUGUGAGUGGUGUGUGUGUGUGUAUGUGUAUCCCUCAUCAUUUUCAGAUCCGCUAGGGAGUGCCAUAGAUGUUUUUCCGUUUGUUUGUUGUAUGUAAGGAGAACAUUCUUACAAGAAUGUAAUAUGGUCAUGGUGUUUUUCACUGUGGCACCUCACUACAGUAAUAUUUUACUGUAUUAUCAAUAGCCAACAGUAUUACACUGCAUGUGUAGGAUGAGUGUGUGAGUGUGCGGUCCUGUUCAAAACCUCUGCAUGGUCCCCAAAGCGCUGUCCACUACUGCUGAUGUCCUGUCUCUUCACCUCCUGCCUUUAAAUGCACAGGGUUAAAAGUACUAAUGCAAGCACACAGCUCUAACUCACCCCACGCCUAGCCACUUAACCAAUCAAACGGCAGCUCCGCCCCCUUCCUCUGCCUCCACAGCUCUGAUAGGUUGCUGAACAAUGGCUGUCUUCUUUAAUGUUUGCCUCUGCUGUGAUUGGCCAAUUAUCUAACGCCUCUGCAAAGUGGUUAGUGCGGCAUUAGCGCUUGCCACGCAGCUAACCUGUAAAUAAGACUCGGUAUCUAUAUUCUUACCUUUUUCGAUUAGUGUAAAUAGAGUUUAAUAUAAGCGCUUCUUGUGGCUUAUGGUAGAAUUUAGCAGAGGGAGACCCUGCAGCCCUGGCUGGCUAUAAUCAAUAUGUAAAGACUACAGUUUAUACUGCAUUUAUGCAAACACACAGGAAUUGGAACCAUUAAUUAUUUUUUUUUUUUUAAACUGAGAGCUUUACCUCACAUCUGUAAAUCAUAUAGGUUACAUAUAUCUCAACUCUUGCAUUCCAUCAUUCAUUUUUUUUUUUCAUUCUUUUAAUUCAACUAAUUGUUUUCCCUAACAAAGAUUUACCCUUUAGUCCCAUUAGUCAUCACAUUUGAUUUUCCUCAUGACACAGCUAACAAAAUCCUAAAUGCUUUUUAUCAUGAAUUUGAAUUUUACCUUUUUAAUUUAUAGUACUUUCACAAAAAGCAAGAGUUACAAAGCUAUAAUAAAAAGGAU